AUUCAGGAAUGUAUCCCAAGAAUAAAUAGGGUUUCCUUAAAUUCAUUCGCUUACAGUUGUAGUUAUAUGUACCUAUAUGUUGACAAUGUUUGCAUGAAGUUGGACAGUAAACAGUUUGAAGUUCGAUUUAUUGUGUUUGAAAGUUAUUAUUGAAAGUAGAAAUUGAUUGGCAAAAUGGUUCUAGCGCCAGAAUCGACCACUGGAGAACACGAAACUCUUCGUAGAAGUUUAGAAGAACUUCUAAAACUAAUGCUCGUUGUGUGGUGUAAAGAGAACCAAGCAAUUAAAAUGGUAUCUGCCUCUUCAAAUGAGACUGACAAAACAAUUGUGGUAAGAAGAAAAUCUGGAGAGUUCGGAUUUCGAAUUCAUGGAUCAAAGCCAGUUGUAGUAUCGGCAAUUGAGCCGGAUACGCCUGCAGAAAGUUCCGGCCUUGAAGUGGGAGACAUCGUCCUAGCAGUCAACGGAAUCAGCGUUUUGGACAAAAGUCACUCGGAGGUUGUGAAAAUUGCCCAUGCCGGAAGUGACAUCCUCACACUGGAGGUGGCCCGAACAUCAGGUGUUUUGAGCCCGUCUUCUGCAGAUGUUCAUGGCGGAGAGCCCCUUUAUUGUGGCUACUUGUGGAAAUUAGGUGGUUAUGCGAGUGGGGCGCCAUCAAAAAAGUGGGUUCGAAGAUGGUUUACACUAAAAAAGGAUAACUGCCUGUACUACUACAAAACUGAUGUGGAUAAGCAACCAGUAGGUGCAAUGAUGCUGAUGGGAUACGAAAUAAUUCGUUCCGACGACAGUUCCUCGCAACAACCAUUCCAAAUCGACCUGAGAAAACCGGGAGUGCCAACCCUGCACAUAGCUGCGGAUACUGAGGCCGCGGCAGCUCGAUGGCUCGAAGUUCUUUACACCGCAGCAGAGAAAAGUCAAAUGGCCGACACGUGGCUUGAACAAACCAGGCGAAAUCUCACCGUAGCUCCAGACGAGAUCCCAAAACCGGAUUGUUUUGGAUAUCUUAUCAAAUUAGGAAGCCAAUGGAAAUCGUGGAGCAGACGAUACUGUGUUCUUAAGGAUGCCUGUCUUUAUUUUUAUCACGACGCAAGUGCAAAAAGUGCUUUUGGGGUGGCUUGUUUACAUGGUUAUAGAGUGCAACCUUCAGCUUCUGGAAGUAAAAAACACGGUUUCGAAAUUAUCCCCUCGGAUUCGUCACAAAAACAUUUUUAUUUCUAUACAGAAUGUGACAUUGAUCGAAAAAGAUGGGUAGCGGCGUUGGAAUAUUCCAUAGAUCGAUGGUUAAAGGUUGGAUAAUAUUUGAUUUUGUCGCUAUUUGUAUACUUAAUUAUUAUAGUAAAGUCGAUGUACUACUUAAAUGAAAGAAAAAAUAACUGAAAAACUUAGAUGUACUGUUUGUAAUGUUUUUUAACGAGUUUUCUAAGAGGAUAAAUAACUAAGCACAUUAUUUGAGAUCGCAUAAUUGUCUAUCGCAGAAAUAAAUGUGUAUUUCAAUUACAAGUACCACAGUGGGUACUUGUUCAUAGCGCUCUUAGAUUUUAAAAAGAGAAGCAUAUAGCUGAGUGUCUUUGUGUAUAUUUAGGUUAUACUGAAAUAAAGCUGUGUUAGCAAAUGGAACCACUGAAUAAAUACUAAGAAUAAUAUUCGAAAGGAAUAUUUAUAUAAAAUUAAAUUAAAUUAAUUCAAAUAAAUUAGA